UGGGACUAAAAUUAUGCUUUCCAAUUUAAAUCAGUAUUUUAAUUUCUUGGUUUGCCACAUGCAAGGAUUAUAGACCCAAAAAAAAAAGAAAAAAAAAACUUUGUUGAAAGUUCUUACAUAAAAAGAAUUUAAUACAACAAUUAGGUGACUAUUAGAACAUAUUACAUUAUUUCAAACCUGUUUAGAUUAGGUAAUUAAUACUUUCCAACAAAUAAGUUUGACUUGAACAACUUUAGGAGCUUGCUCAAAUUAGAUGUUAUCAAAUUGUAAUGCAUAUUUUCUUUUCUAACUUUACUUCCAUCAAAAUAUUUUUUCCAAGUACUUGUGAAAACCUAUUCUGAUUGAUUUGGAGAGGAAAUAUGGCAGAAUAUGUUGUUCCCCUAGUGGUAGAAAAGUUGGCAAGCCAACUUAUGGAGGAAGCCAUUUCCUUGUCAAAAGGGAAGGAACAUGUCGAAUGGAUCGAAGCAGAACUAAGGCGAAUGCAGUGCUUUCUCAAAGAUGCAGAUGCUAAGCAGGAUAAGGAUGCAAGGAUUAGCAAUUGGGUGGUAGAUAUAAGAGAAGUUGCUUUUGAUGCAGAUGAUUUCAUUGAUACUUAUAUUUACAAAACAAAUGGACAAAGAGAGAAGGGUCUUGUCAUGUGUUUCAAGAGGUACUCUCAUCUAUUUUUCUUAUGCGAAUUAGUUUCUAACUUCAAAAUCAACAAGAAUAUCAGUAGGAUCAAAUCAAAAAUCCAUGAAAUAGCAGAUAGCAAAUUAACUUAUGGUAUUGAAAACAUAAGGCAAAAGAGUGAAGGGGCAACUUUAACAGUUAGUGAACUACAGGAGAGGAGAAUAUCUUCUCCUCAUCAUUUUGAGGAUGAUAUUAUUGGUUUGGAUGAAGACAUAAAAAGAUUAGAAUCUCAGUUGAUUUAUGGACAGUCGUGUCGAUCUGUACUCUCCAUAAUUGGUAUGGCAGGUUUAGGCAAGACCACUUUGGCUAAGAUGAUUUACCAUAGCAAUGGAAUAAAAAAUAAUUUUGACUGUUGUGCUUGGAUUUAUGUCUCUCAAGAAUAUAGUGCAGAAGAAGUUUUGAGGGAUUUGGCGAAAAAAGUCAUGGGCUUUUCUAAGAUAGAGUUGGAAAAGAUGCAUAGAGAAGAUUUGGUAGAAGAAAUUUCGAAGUUUCUACAGAGGAGAAGAUAUGUCAUAGUUUUGGAUGACAUAUGGAAGAAACAAGUGUGGGAUAAUCUGAAAGAUGCUUUUCCUGACUCGAAAAAUGGAAGUCGAAUCAUGCUCACUACUCGUUUCAAAGAUAUUGCUAUACAUGCUGAUCCGAGAAGUCCACCCCAUGAACCAAGUCUUCUUAAUGAUGAGGAAAGUUGGCAACUACUUUCCAGAAAGAUCUCCCUACAAUGGAAUGCAGUUACAAGUUUGCCUCCAUGGACUGAUGAGCUUGGAAAAAAAAUUGUUAAAAAAUGUGGGGGAUUGCCUCUAGCGAUUGUAGUACUAGGUGGACUCUUGUCGAGAAGGGAAGCUUCCUAUAAUGAGUGGCUCAAGGUUUUGCAAAGUGUUCAUUGGCAGCUAAGACAAGACACUAUACAAUGCGCAGACAUCUUAGCUUUAAGCUACUUUGAUUUGCCUUUCUACCUGAAGCCAUGCUUUCUUUACUUUGGUCUUUUUCCUGAAGACUUUGAGAUAUCUGCUAGUAGGUUGAUCUUGUUGUGGGUUGCAGAAGGAUUUGUGCAACCAAGAGGUCAAGAGCCAAUAGAAGAUGUCUCUGAAGACUACUUAGAAGAGCUUGUAGGAAGAAGCAUGGUUCAAGUUGCUACAAGGAACUCAAACGGAAGGAUCAAAACUUGUCGUAUGCAUGAUCUUUUGAGAGAACUCGCUAUAGCAAAAGCUACAGAAGACAGAUUUCUUCAUGUCAUCCAUGGUGAAAGUAGAGCUGGUUCUAUAAGGACCCUCUCAAGAAGUCGUCGACUUGCUAUACACUUCAAUUUUCCCCCAUCUAAGAAGACAACAAUUAAUUUACGCUCCUUGUUAUGCUUUGACCUCAAUGAGCCAGUUAAAGUUCAAGUAAAGAGGUUUAAACUACUGAGAGUUCUUGAUUUAGAAGGUUCAUAUAUAUCCAAGCUUGACUCAGCUAUUGGAAAGCUUAUUCAUUUAAGAUAUUUGGGACUGAGAGGUACUUGGUUGAAAAAUCUCCCACGUUCUCUACGCUAUCUUUCCAAUUUGGAAACUCUAGAUCUGAGAUCAACUCUAAUUAAUCCAUUCCCAGAUGAGAUUUUGAGGCUGCAACAACUGAGACACUUGUAUUUUAGUGAUGUCCAACCAAUGGUGUCAAUACCACCCACCAUCCCUAGUACAUAUCUCCCUGACCUCCAGACAUUAAAGGGUUUAUUUAUCAGUGAGAUUAGUAGAAGUGAUAUAGAGGAUUUCUUGAGCAAGCUAACCACAAUGAGAUCAUUGAGUUUGCAUGGUCGUCUUUGUAUUAAGAAAGAACACUUGGGAAAUUGGGUUGCCAAGUUGAAAAGCCUUGAAUGUUUAAAGCUCAAUGCAACAAGACUUAUGACCGAGGAUACAAUUCAUGCAGCAGUUCCGGAGUGGGAUUUGUCAUGCCUCACUCAUCUUUACAAGAUACAUUUAGCAGGGAGUAUGCAAAAGAUGUUUGACAUACAAUACUUCCCAACAAAUCUUUCUGAGUUGACCUUGACACAAUCCUGGCUAAUGGAAGAUCCCAUGAAGACGCUUGAGAAACUGAGAAGCCUGAGAGUUUUGAAACUAAAGCAUGCAGCAUACGUAGGCAGAGAAAUCACUUGCUCAAGUGGAGGCUUUGUUCAGCUUCAGUUGUUGAAGCUCUCAUUCAUGAACUCGGUAGAAACCUUCAGAAUAGAGGAAGGAGCAAUGCCAAAUCUGAGAGAAUUGGAGAUUGUUCAGUGUAAAUUGAAGAUUGUUCCAAGAGGCCUAUGGCCAGUGCAAUCUCUCAAAAGCGUGAAGUUGGGAUUUAUGCCUGGUCAUGAUAUUGGACUUAAGAUUCAAGAACGUGAGGGAGAGAAUUGGUAUAGAAUAGAACAUGUUCUUCCAAUAUAAGAACAUGUUAGUCCUUGUUAAGAGUCAUUUCAGCUUCUCUCUGUACCGAAUUUGCUCCUUGUUAAGAACAUGUUUUGGUAAUUGAAUAAAUGCUCUUUCAAAUUCAAUGAGCUAUACAGACUAUUACCCUCAUAUUGUUUAUAUGUAAUGCUGCGUGUCGUCAAUGGCAACUCCUGUCUAUCACUUUAAAUUUUAA